AUGUUAGCUAUCACCACCUUCUUUCAAAGAUGGACUCUCGGAGUGCGUGAUGCAAGCACAGCUGUCAACGCCAACAUUCCCAAGAUACUGGAAAUUCUGGAGUAUCCCGGACUGAAGUCUGCGCUAACAUCUGGUUUGGCAAGCCUCGCGCAGCAGACUGAAAACAACUUGCAAGUGACGAACGACGCGCUAUUGUCGAAUGUAACCGACUUUGAAGCAUUCGCAUCACAUGGAAACUUCAGCACCGCACCAUCACCCGUCGCCGACAUAACCAAAUAUCUCACUUUCGCCUUCAACACGUACAUCGCAUCCGAUGCCCUCAACACCAACAACAUCCUCGCCAUCGUUGCUCGCGAUACCAACCCAGUAGCCCUAGCAUCGAACGGCACGCAGCUCGCCUACCCGCUCGACUGCAAAAGCUACAAUGCGCAAAACCGAAAACUACCGAUCAGCAUUCACGCUCGACAACUUCCACAACCAAGGGGAAAACUACGGCCCCCGACUGACCGAGUUAUUCAAGACCUACACAACAGGCGAGCUGCUCUUCGAAAGCGCAUAUGCCUGCAACAGAACGGGUGGAACUGA